AUGGCGGCUCCGAUGGACCCAGACAAAGAAGCCAGGGUAAAGGCAGCCAUGAUGGAAGAGCUUGGCAACGGUCGUUUGGAAAGCCUACCUAUGGAUGAUCGCCGGCGGGACGAACCAAGAGGAUUUGGUCGUCAGAACCCCGCCCAUCAACGUCCCACGAUGGCCCAACAGCCACGCCAAUCCACGGUUGCUGGAAACCUGUGGCAGGGUGCGAUUCAGUCAGGUCUGUUUGAUGACGACGACGCUGCAGCUGUCAAGGGGCUGGAUGAUCUCGGUGGUGGCAGGCUCUACGCCACUCGAGCUCAGCAGGUGCAGCACCAUGCAUCGAACAUGCUGUCAGGCUUAGAGAAGAACACCGACGUAGCUCGGUACUAUCGACAAAGGGGCAAGGAGUUGCCGCCCUACGCCCCGUUGCACUUCAGGAACAACCAUAUCUCGGGCCGGGGUACCCCGCAAGGUAAUAGGCAUCAGAAUGCCAUGCCAUCGUCUGCAUUGCGACAGAUGACCAACCAGCCCAUUCCUUUGGGCAACGGGCCUCGGAAUACAUUCUCGCAGGACGUCGGGACGUCCCUUAGUGGCCCAACCCGGCAGACCUCACCGACCCACGGACCUAGCCAGACUCCAGCUCAGGGUACUUCUGGUACCUUUCAAGUACCUAACAAUGUUGUCACCCGGGCCAGGGUAAGGUACAGCUAUCCAAGUGGCACGCAGCCUCCCGUGCCAGGUACCGUCUACGUGACAUCGGCACCUCCACCCCAGAUGGGGCACUUCAUCAUCCUCGUCAGGGAUGAAAAAGUGUGCGACUGGCCUCUGAGUGCCUGGAGUAACCACGUGGUCGAAGGCAAUGCAGUCACCAUCCACUUCAAAGGCUUCCGCGGGGGGUUAUCGCAGUAUCACCUAUCGUUUACGGACCGGGAUAUUCUUGUGGACCUGGUCACCAAGGCCUGCCGGAUGCGCAAUGGUGAAGACCCGAAAGAGGUGCCUGCCCACCCCCCCGGAGAUGAAAAUGGCACCCAUCGCAAACCUCAGGAGGUGUCUGCUGAAUCAGUCACCGCUUCAGUGAAGGGACCUCAACGCCAUGCCCAGCCUUCUGCCCGGCCAGGGGGCCCAGGUGGUGCAAAGGAGCCAACCAAAGUCAUUACAGCUCCUCGCAAGAUCGAAGCUGCCUCAGUCAAACGCCCUGACAGCAUCCCACCACAGAAUAGUGCCACCAAACCCAUUGGACGACUCAUCGAAACUGGUUCAAGCCCUACCCCGGACCGCAUUCUUGAGAUACGGAAAUGGGUGGACAAGCAAGACUUGGCAGGUCCCACAAAAGCCGGUGAACUUAUCGACUUCACGUCUCCCGUCAAAGCACCCACCUCUGAGUGCAUUGGAGACCAUGUGACGAAAGAAGGCAAGCCAGAGCCUCCGUCCUCAUCUGAGCCGAACGAUGUCGACUUGUUCGCCGUUGGCCAGACCAAGCCCUCUCUUGCGUGCGCUGAGCACCAAGAGCCAUCUGUGUUUGAGUUGCUUGCGACUCUGGACGCUAGCCAAUUUACCGUCCCUGCGCUCGAGGCUUCUGGUGAAGAUGCGGGCACAACCGAACAAGAGGACGGGGUGCGUGAGAUGCAGAUGCACCUCUAUGCUGUCCUCGACCCCAUGAUCGGCCUGUUCCAUCUCGCAGGCAAGGCUGGCCAGACCAAUGAGGAGCUGGUGGAGACUGUCAGGAGCAUCAAGCUCACCAUAGUUGAGAACUACCGCUCACUUGCCAAAAAAGGGGCAUUCUUCCCGAAUGUCUCGGAACCGGCGAAAGAGAAGGUAUUUGAGGAGUUUUUGGCCAAGCCCAUCGAACCCCCUGCCUCCAAAGACGUGAGCGACUCUGCCCCAGUCAAGAAGCGCGACGAAUCUUACAACGGCGGUAAUCCCUGCUGCGACCAAGAGUGCUCCUUCGACGAGACGGUGGUGACGGAAACGACGGACGACUCCCAGCUCUCGCUCAUUAGGCGCAUUGAGUACACCGACAAGGAGUUGCUAGCACUGAAGGCACGGGCAGCGCCCGCCCCAGCUCGUUUGGCUGCCUUGGACUUCCUGCCGAAGACCACCCCCGGCAACCAAGCCGGAAAAGGAUCGGCCCCCGCAGCUCAGCGGAAGACCCAGCCAAGUUUGGAGGGCAGGGUGCCUCCAAAGGCGACCGCCCCGGAACCCAAGGCGGCUCUCCCGAUGCCAAAUGUGGCUGUUCCGGUCCCCCAGGCCGCUGCCCCCAUGCCCAAGGCCGCUCCCUUGGAGAAGGUGGAGAACAGUCUGACUGCAAAGGAAAACACCGUCCCUCCCCAAGGCAACCCGGCCGGGGAACGACCGAAAGCCUAUAAGGGCCUCACAAACUCGAGAUGGGCCGUCGAAAUGGUCUCCAUUCAGAAGAAAGAAGCAUUCACCGGGCCCGAGUUUGAGAAGUACCCACGCCACAGUGCCCUGGCUGAUCUAGCAACCCUUUCAUUCGGGGGUCCCGCUUCAACUGCAUUCGGGGGCCCCGUUGGGACUUCAUUCAGGGCUCCUACUUCAAGAGCAUUUGGAGGACCCGUUUCAACUGCAUUCGGGGGUCCCGCUGGAACCGUACUCAGGGCUCCCGUUUCGACUGCAUUUGGAGGACCUGUGUCAACUGCAUUCGGGGGUCCCGUUGGAACUGGACGAGAGUCGACUCGGAAGUAG